GAAGAAACCAAAACCGUCAUUCUUUCCUCGCUUAUCCCCACCCCCACAAGAUUUGCUUUCAUGGUUUGAUCCGCACCGCGGGCUUCCUGUUCCUUCCCGGCUUCCGUCCUUUCCUUUUCUUGGCUUGUAACAGCAGGUCCCGGUUGCAGUGAUGGCCAAGAUCAAAGCUCGUGACUUGCGAGGGAAGAAGAAGGAAGAGCUGUUGAAACAGCUAGAUGACCUCAAGGUGGAACUGUCUCAGCUCCGCGUUGCCAAGGUGACUGGCGGAGCAGCUUCCAAACUCUCCAAGAUCCGGGUGGUUCGCAAAUCCAUUGCCAGAGUGCUGACCGUCAUUAACCAGACCCAGAAAGAAAACCUCCGAAAAUUCUACAAAGGCAAGAAAUACAAGCCGCUGGACUUGCGCCCGAAGAAGACAAGAGCCAUGCGGAGGAGGCUCAAUAAGCAUGAAGAAGGCCUGAAGACCAAGAAACAGCAACGGAAAGAGCGGCUCUAUCCGCCUCGCAAAUACGCCGUGAAGGCCUGAAGACCCAUUGACUGUCAAUGAAGAACCGGCCCAUUAAAAAGUUUUUCAACAAAAAA